AUGUUCACCCGCACCACGCAAUAUCUCGAAGUCUACCUCCCCUCGCCAACCACCGUAUCAUUCACAGUCACAACACGCCGCCCUCGCCAUCAGAUCUCGACCUCGACAUCGACAGGACCAGCAGCAAAAACAUCCAAGUCUGUUAGAUUGAAGCUGAAGCUGAAGCAGAGUCUCCAAUUCGUCGGCCGCAACAUCUUGACUCUGACUGUGCUACGACACACGAUUCGCAUCUUAUUAGUCUCCUACGCGAUCCUGCUCAAUGUCGCUAAGGCUCAACAACGUUACCACCACUACGACCUCCACCAUCACCAACAGCAGCAGCAGCAGUAUGGCCGAGGGUACUAUUACUACUACCACAACCACCAGGGACAGGAGCAGUCAAUUGUCGGGCGGACCAGCAGUGCCGCGUUGGAGAAAUACGCAGAUGUUGCGCUCCAGCUAAGUUUCGGCGGCGGGCUGGUCAGAACGCUGGCUGAGGGGCUGGAAUGGUGGAUCUUGGGACCGCUCAGUUUGGUCGUGGUGUAUUUGUGCUUGAGGAGGGAUUAUGGUGAAGAAUCACUCCUCGUCCUCCAAGGCCUGGGGAUCCAAACAUCAACCAGUUCGCGGUAUUUUUUCUUGGGCGCGACCACGACGUUCAUCCCCACCACGCAGAUCCAGGAUAUCGUCAUCCACGAGGCCUUCAAGGGGCUCGAAGUCCGGUUCUAUCUUGCCGUCAUUGUCGAGGGGGCGACGCAGGUGGUUGUGGUUUUUCCGCCGAGUGACUCAAAAUUGCAAGACGGCUCGCUGACUGAGAUUGAAUUCGGUUUCUACAUGCAGACCCUCCUCCCCAGACGCGAUAUCCUCGAGGAAGUCUGGCGUGGUGCUCGGAAAUGCUUGUAUUCGGGGAUUCGUUGA